AUGGAAACAAUUAAAGUCAAUUAUAACUCGAUUUCUCGUCGUUUCAACAUUAACACUUCAACAACUUGGACGGAAUUAGAAUCAAAGUUACGAUCACUUUAUAAUAUCCCAACCACAACUUCUCUUAAUGUCUCUUACACUGAUGAAGAUGGUGACGUGAUCACUCUUUCAAGUGAUUUAGAAUUUAAAGAAGUCCUUACUCAACAAUCCUCCGGUAGACCUAUAAAACUUGUCUUGAAUACAGUUAAUAACAGUGAAAGUUGGGUUUUUGAAGACGGAAAUAACGAUAUCGUUGAAAAUGGAUUGUCGAAUGAAAAAGUUAAUAACAAUUUGAACCUUUUUGAAGAUUCCUCUUACCAAACCGAAGUGCAACAAACUACUGAACGUGAAGAAGAGAAUGUUAAACAUACACCAGCGUCUUAUUAUCGUCAUGUUUCUAUCGAAGAAGAAGUUGAAGAAGAGGCAAAGGCUGAAUACAAUCAUUCUAUUCCUUCUCUUCCUUUUUUUAAUCGAUGUGGUGGUCCGUCAACUUAUUAUUCCGGUUCUCGUCAUAGUGACUCAUGUGGACGCAAAUACAAAGGCUGUAAUAGAAGCCCAAAACAUCAACAAUUGGGUACAAACGUCAAAAAUGCUGAAGCUUCAACAUCCGCAUCUGCAAAUAAUGGAAGUGAUAAGAAUGACUGUAACCCACCGUUUACGCAACAACAUUUAAAAGAUAGACUCACAACUUUACAUUCCAUGGGAUUCGAUUCUUCAAACGAUGCUUCGUAUGAAGAAUUAUUAAAGCGUUAUAAUGGAAAUCUUGAGCGUGUAAUUGAAAUUUUGUUACGCAAUCAACAAUUUAACGAACAUGAUGCUUCUGCUAGUGCAUCAAUAGGACCAAAAGGAAAUGUUGAAAAGACGCAAAAUAGAUACAUUCACGAAAAGAAUGCUGAAGAUGUUAGCGAAGAGAGUGCAAUUAUGAGAAGCUUUCCUUAUUCAAUUUUCUACGUAGUUAUAAGUAGCUAA